AGUUCGUCAAGGUUGUUUUGUCUGUGGGUGUGAGUGUCCGCCUAAUAACUCGGACCAAAUGAGGGAUAUAGACCAUUCUCCCCCUACACAUAUUUUCCUGUAUUCUCUUGUGUCUACAGUGCCUUCAUGCUAGACAUAAACCACUACUGAAGUAGUGCACGCAUCUGGUCUUACUCUUUCACAAUAUCAUUGUGAAUUUCAUGAUAAAUUACUUUUGAGGCUUAUUCUGGGCAUUUUUUAACCCUCAACAAUUCUAGUUUCUCAUUGAUUAACAUACUUUGAAAAUAUUUCGACUUCUGAUCACACAUUCAAAUCUUAAUGUCGGAAGAAGUUGCAGAACACAAACGAUUGAUUUCCGAGGCAGCUUCGUGCUACAGACGUAAAGAUUUUGAACAAUGCCUUUCUAUCAUGGAGAAACUGAAAAGCCGAAAGCACGAUGAUACAAAAGUAAAGAUAAAUAAGGCACUAUUAUCGUAUGUAUAUAAUUCACGUUAUUCGCAGAGCGAUCAAUAUAUUUCUGAUCUGAAAAGAAUCGCAACUGUUGAAGGAAUGAAUCUUGACGACUAUAUUAAUAAAACAGUCUUAAGUAGACAUAAUUCAGGUCGUUCAGAUGAACCUCAUACUUCUAAAGAUCUGUUGCCGAAUACUGCACCUCAGUUUGUAUCGAGAUCUUCUGUUAUGAUAAACUUACUGUACAACUACGCUGUUGUAUUAUUUUAUCAACAUCAGUAUGCUCAGGCUGAAAAACUUCUUGCUAACUGCCUUGGUAUCCCAUCAAACUUGGAAUACGCAUGUAGUAAGACAUUGCACCUAAAUGAGACUCAAUUAAACUUCCAGUCUCCGACGUGCAUUGAUCAAUCUUCUACUUUGAUACAAACAAUAGACCUUACACCAUCAAACGAUACUGACCUAUGUCGACGUAUCGUGCUUCUUUGGUUGGAAGUUUCUUUAAAGUUGUUUCGGAUGGAGCGUGUUUUUGAACUUUGUGACUACUGGAUUUUAUGUCUUAAUACGGCGUCAGUUAUGUCAGAAACAGCCAGCCUGUCAUCGAAUCCCCAGCCACUAACUUCUCCAUCUGAAAAUACCAGCUGUCAUUCACAUAAUCUCAGUAGUAAUGCAUUGUCUAUGUUAAUUGGGAUUCAAAAACCAAUACAACUUUACUACAUUCGAGCAUGUUUGCUAACAGGACGUUUAAAUGAAGCUGAAUCCGAAUUAAACAUAUUCAUAUCAGAAAGUUAUUCGAUAUCAAAUAACAACUCUCUUCAAAAGAAUACUGAUUUUGAAGAAAAUUCCACCGAAGUCAAAACUACGCCUGACGAUGUGGGUGAAAAUUGUCUGGAAGAGAAAAAAACAGAAAAUCCCACACAUUCAGAUUCUCAAAUUGACACUGAUCAUUGUUCUAAUAUUGUGUGGUCUACUGGAAAUUCUGUAUAUUUCCUUCAAGCUCAGCUAGCUUUUUUAAAGGGUCAGUAUAGUGAUGCCGUCAAAUUGCUUAUUUCUAUGCCACCACCUUCUUAUAAUUCAACUGCUAUGCAUGAUUGGGAGUCUGUUAUUUUAAAGAAUAAUCUUUCAUUGAUUCAUCAUCGCACUGGUCGAUGUACCUCUGGUUUGGUACAACUUCGUCAUGCUUUAAAACAAAUUGACAAAACAAUCAAAACUGCUGUACAUUCAGAAGAAAAAAAUGCGUCUUAUUUACUCAAUCAUCAAAAUGGUUGCUCCUCUUUUGUUGAAUAUUCUGAAUUGUUUAACCAGAUUCCAUUACAUGUCUCCAGUUUACUUGAACAUUACGAAUUGAUUUAUAAUUAUGGGAUACACUUGUUAUUCACUAACAGACCUUCAGAAGCAUUUUCUACACUAUCACAACUUGUUCGUAUUUAUCCAAGAAAUCCUCGUCUAUGGUUUCGUCUUGCCGAAUGUUGUAUAAAGUUGCAUUGUCCACAUAAUUUAUCACUUUGGAAUAUGGAAUCAAGAAAACGAUGUAUUGUUGAAACCUUUGGUUCUGGUUCGUUUCGUAAAUUAUCACUUGCUUCUGUGAAUCCACAGGUCACCAAGUCAAAAGUAGAUGAUACAUUAUUAUCGUCUCCGAGCAUGGAAUUCGCAUUUCUGGCGUUACGUAAUGCAAGCCUAUUAAUUCCAACACCUGAUAAGCUUAUUACAAAUAAGUCUUCAAGUAAUGAUAGAAUUAAUUCAUCAUAUGUUUCAUCUCUUGUUAAAUGGUCAAAUAAACAGUUUAUCUCCACUUAUCCAUCACCAACACCAUUGUUCGGUAUCGGAUUAUUACACUUCUUGUCAGCUUUACAUGUGAACAUAUCGUAUGUGGCUUUGUGUUUAAACGAAUUUGUAGACGUAAUACAUUCUGCCAGUUUGAUAAUGGAUUCAGUACCACAAAAUGAAACCAAUUCUACUCCGGUAGGAUCGGUUAAACGUAAAAAAUAUCUGCCUAGUCUUGCUAUGAUUGCUCCAAAAAUCCACAGUUAUUUAUGCCGUUUGUAUUGUGCUGAAGCUUUGACUUAUCUGGAUAAAGUAGAUGAAGCCACUGCUUUACUACAAAUAUCCACAAAUAAUCAGUUAGAUUCCAUUAUACGUUCUUUAAACGGUGUUUGUUUUGCAAUGCCAUUUCUUUUUCCUAACACUGAUUAUAUCCAUGACUUUUCUACAAAUAAUGAUUCAGUGAAUAACAACUCGGAUAUUUGCGAUGAGACUAACCUGUCGUUUCUUGUGAAUAGAUGUUCAAAACAAUCAAUUAUUCGACCUGUGGACUUUCCUUCUAAUGUUGUUCAGUCUUCAUCAUUAUUAGCUUACAAUUUAGCAGUCACAUUAGCUAUUCAAAAACAAUAUACUUUGUCAAAGCAAUACUUAGAUCUAUCAUUACCAGGUUUAUUUGUAUCAGCAAAUGAAGUAGAUGGUCGAAAAUGGCAUAUUAAUAAAUUAUCAGAAGAGGCAACUAUAACCAAUCAUUGUAAAUUAUUACCGACUACAGUUAUUUUACUACGUAUCUAUUUAGCUAUACGUUUAAAUGAUCAAAAACAUGCCGCUGAAUUAAUACGUGAGAAUUUCGGUCACUUUGCAAUGGCUAAUAGAUUAAAUUCAAUUCCUAUUUGUGAUCAUGAUGAAUUAACUUCUGUCCCAUCAAUACCACAAGAUAAUGUUGUUCCGUCACUAAAUCCUAAAAGUGUUCCUUUAACUUUAAUUGAUUUACAACAAUUGAUUAAAGGUCAACAAUACCAAUCAAAUCCUACUGCUGGGAUUUCACAAAUGCAUCCAGCAUCAUCCAUUCAACUAUCACAACAGUUCAAUAAUAACAAUAAUAAUAAUAAUAAUAACUCCACUAAUAAUAGUAAUAAUAAUAAUCAGUCACUUAAUUUAUGGACACCUUGUCAACAAUUUCGUCAAUCUCAAGCUCAGCAAAAUCAAACAAUUUAUUAUUCACCAUUGUUACAAACACAAUCUACACUUACUAAUUAUGAAUAUGCUAACUGUUGGGAUUCAUUGACACCACCUACAACUGGUAUAAUUACAGCUAAUAAUGAAAAUGAUUGGCCACCUUUAUAAAUUGUAUCUGAUGUUCAGUAUUAUUUCUUCUCUUGUUUGUUUUUAAUUUUAAGAAAUACUGAAGCGUUUUAUAAUCCUUAUUAAUGGAUUGAUUUGGUCGGUUUUUAUCAAUCUAGAAAAUUUGUUAAAUGUACAAACUCAGGAGUAACUUUGUUUUUAAACAAAAUAUCGGUUAACUGUAAUAAACAGUAAUUAU